AGAAAAGAGGCUCACAGAGCACAGAGCCCCACUUGUGUGUGUUCUGUUCCAUCUCAACUCGUCGCCCAGCAAACACAACUUGUAGCUCCUCUUUUGCAAAAUGAGAGAAGUAAUUUCGAUUCACAUCGGACAAGCCGGAGUCCAAAUCGGAAAUGCUUGCUGGGAGCUCUACUGCCUGGAGCACGGAAUUCAGCCCGAUGGUCAAAUGCCUUCUGACAAGUCCCUCGGAGGAUCCGAUGACUCUUUCAGCACUUUCUUCUCGGAAACUGGAAGUGGACGUCAUGUGCCAAGAGCCGUCAUGGUCGACUUGGAGCCAACUGUCAUUGACGAAAUCCGCACUGGAACCUAUCGCUCCCUCUUCCACCCGGAACAACUCAUCACUGGUAAGGAAGAUGCCGCAAAUAACUACGCUCGUGGUCACUACACCAUCGGAAAAGAAAUCAUCGACCUAACCCUUGACCGUAUCCGCCGUCUAGCUGACAACUGUACCGGACUUCAAGGAUUCCUAGUGUUCCACUCUUUCGGAGGAGGUACUGGAUCCGGUUUCACUUCUCUUUUGAUGGAAAGACUAUCUGUGGACUAUGGAAAAAAGGCCAAGCUCGAGUUCUCCAUCUAUCCGGCUCCUCAAGUCUCCACUGCUGUCGUAGAGCCAUAUAACUCGAUUUUGACCACCCAUACCACUUUGGAGCACUCGGAUUGCUCAUUUAUGGUUGAUAAUGAGGCAAUCUACGACAUUUGCCGUCGCAACCUGGACAUCGAACGUCCAUCCUACACAAAUUUGAAUCGUCUCAUCGGUCAAAUCGUCAGCUCCAUCACCGCUUCCCUCCGAUUCGACGGAGCCCUCAACGUCGACUUGACCGAGUUCCAGACAAACUUGGUUCCCUAUCCACGUAUUCACUUCCCGCUAGCCACAUUUUCUCCGGUUAUCUCAGCGGAAAAAGCCUAUCACGAGCAGCUAUCAGUGGCUGAAAUCACUAAUAUGUGCUUCGAGCCACAUAACCAGAUGGUCAAGUGUGAUCCGAGACACGGAAAGUAUAUGGCAGUUUGUCUGCUUUUCCGUGGAGAUGUAGUGCCAAAGGAUGUGAAUGCUGCAAUUGCAACUAUUAAGACUAAGAGAAGCAUUCAAUUUGUAGAUUGGUGCCCAACUGGAUUUAAGGUCGGAAUCAACUACCAACCACCAACGGUAGUCCCAGGAGGUGACCUGGCAAAGGUACCCCGUGCCGUGUGCAUGCUCUCCAACACCACCGCAAUCGCUGAAGCCUGGGCUCGUCUGGACCAUAAAUUCGACCUAAUGUAUGCGAAGAGAGCAUUCGUCCACUGGUAUGUUGGUGAAGGAAUGGAGGAAGGAGAAUUUAGUGAGGCUCGUGAAGAUUUGGCUGCUCUUGAGAAGGAUUAUGAGGAAGUCGGUGUGGACAGUAUGGAGGAUAAUGGAGAAGAAGGAGAUGAGUAUUAGAAUAUAAAAAUAGAUCUUGACCCCAAAAAACUCCCCGCUUUUAUGAUGUGAAUUUCCCCAAACUUUAAUUAUGCUUUGUCUGCCAAUUGCUAUGCUUCAUUUUCUUGAACUUUUACUAUUUUCUUUACUACAACGAUCAAUAAACUUGUUCCAACGGCC